AAACAAAAACAAGAAAACAUCUUAAAGUGACCAUGUGACUGUGUGCAAAAUUGAAAAUCCAAGAAAAUCCAGCAAAAUAUUCCAGAAAAAACACAGUACACCAACGCUGUGUGCACAAAUCCCAGUGGGAUUCCAGUCAAACAACAAGGGCAUGGGAAAACAAACAUUAUUAGCCGUGUAAAAGUCUCGUUUUGUGUGUGUGUUGCGUGUGGGGUGGUGUUGAGUGGUGUGGGGUGGGGGGAUUUCGUGUGCCAAUAGUCUCGCCCGGUGACCCGGGGUCAAAGUUGAGCCGCGCCAUGUUGGUUGGGUGCGUAAUGGUGGCAACCAUCUCCUCCUGCCCGCCGCCGCCGCUGUUGUUGUUAUCGUCGUCGUCCUCCCCUCGCCCUCCGCUCUCUCCGCCCUCGUUUUUCUCCACAGCCUUCCCGACCACCAGCACCAUCAGCAGGAGCAGCUGCGUAGGACGAGCGGAGAGAGAGCCAUGGAGGCGGAGCCGCGGAGCCGGUACUUGUACCGCGUCCACCGGCACAGCGCGGACAUCCUGGAGCGUCUGAACGCUCAGCGCAAGGCGGGACGCUUCUGCGACGUGGUGGUCAAGGUGGGCGACGAGCGCUUCCCGGCGCACAGGGCGGUGCUCGCGGCAUGCAGCGGAUACUUCGAGGCGAGUCUCAGCGGUUGCGGCCUUGGGGUCGGGGUCGGGAUCGGGGUGGCGAACGCGACCGCGACCGUGACCGCGGGCGGGAUCGCCGCUGGUGCCGGAGUUGAGACUGAGCCGGUGUCGGAGACGGGCAUUGCGGACGCUGCCCCCGACCCUCCUCAGGAGAACGACGAGCAGCAGAACGAGCAGCAGAAUGAGCAGCCGCAGGCUCAACAGAGCCAACAGCCGCAAUCGAAUCAGCAGGCUCAGAGCCAGCACAAGCCGCAGGGUCAGCAGCAGCAUCAACAACAACAACAUCAACAACAGCAGCAGCAGCAGCACUACCAGGCCUCGCCGACUGAAGAGCCUCCGCCGUCCGAGGUGGAGAUGCACACGAUCAGCUCCGUGGUGUUCCGCGACAUCCUCGACUUCGCCUACACGUCUCAGCUCACCGUGCGCCUCGAGAUCUUCCCCGAGCUCAUGACGGCCGCGCGUUUUCUCGUCAUGGGCUCGGUGAUUGACAUCUGCCAGGAGAUGAUCCGCCAGGCGAACGUGCAGAUUCGAGUGCCCCGCGCACGCGAAAGCUACUUCAGGGCGCUGGGCUUCCUGCCGGACAUGGUGCUGCGCCAGGCGCUGGAUGGGGCCCGUGCGUCGGCGUCAGCCAAGGAUGAGGAUGACAGCGUCGAGAUGGCCAAGCGAGACGGUGAGAUUCAAGGACCCGGGGCCACCGCUGCUGCUCCCUCCUCCUUGCAAAGCCCAGAUGGAAGUGGGGAUCAACCCGGCAGCCAGCAGGACGUGCUGUCGUCGUCAUCGCCCCCCUUCAAGGACGCGGGCACGGUGCUCAAUUCGUGCGCACGCGAUCAGACCGACGCGCUCGAUCUGAGGGGAGAUGGGGAUGUUUCGACGCCGCAGGCUGCCGCGGCAACGUGGCCGGGCAACGGCGAGGGGGGUGACCGGGCCGACGAGCGUGCAGCUGGGGUCCCGUCGCCGUUCGAACAGAGUCCUGAGGACGCGGCAUCUUCGCAGGCCCGGGAACAGCAGGGUGUGGUGGCUACGCGCGGCAAGGGCAAGGGGAAGGGAAAAGUGAGGUGCAGAACUCGUGGAAGGAGUCUGCUGCCGUCCAUGGUACCGCUCACGCAACCAAUGCCCAACGAGAUGAUCAAAAGGGGCCGUGGCCGGCCGCGCAAGCGCGCCUUCUUAGAGGUGCAUGGCCAGCCCGUGGUGAGCACGCACGGCAGGGAGACCUCGGAGGAGAUCCUGACAGAGAACCCCGAGCUGAGCCUCUCACUUAUCCGCAUCAAGAGCAAGAGCCAGUUCGUGUGCUCGCACUGUGGCAAGGAGUUCCGCGACGGCUACCACCUGCGGCGGCACGAGAUGCGCCACACGAGGAGCAACGCUCCGCUGCCGCCCUCUUCGCCGCGCCACGUCUACGGUGUGCCCACCAUGGUGGACAUGGUGAGCCCGCUCGGCGUGCUCUACUCCUCUUUCGCCAUGAGCGGAGCCGACCCGCCCGAUGCGCCGCCCUACUCGGACGACCCCAUGGACCUGUCGUCGUUCCACGCGAGCGGCACGCUUCGCUCGGCAAAGGGCGGUGACGGCGGCGAGGACCCCGAAGAGGGCGAGGUGGAGCGGCGGCGAAGCUUUGGCGAGGCCGCCCUGGCCGCGUUGGGCGGUCGGGCGCAGGCGUUCGCCACCUCGGCCGCCCUUACCGCUGCAGCUGCGUCAGCGGCCGGCGGGAUUAUGUUGGACGGAGACCAGGGCCUGCCGUCUCCGGGGAACGAGAGGAAAGACAAGAAGGCGAUCAUCAACAACCGAGGCCUCAAAAAGAAGCCGGGCAGUCCAGGGGUCGAGGGAGGCACGUCCCAGCAGGGGCCCGUGUUUGGGUUGUUCCACGAGACUUGGCCUCCGGCCAGGACGACGCGCAGGGAGGGGAGGAUGACGCACGCGUGCGACGUGUGCGGCAAGGUCUUCCGUGACUUCUACCACCUGAAGCGGCAUAAGCUGUCGCACUCGGAUGAACGGCCGUACGAGUGCCCUGUGUGCAAGCAACGCUUCAAACGCAAGGACCGCAUGAGCUACCACCUGCGCACGCACGAGGAUGGCGAUGGCAAGGUCUGCUCCUGCCUGUGGUGUGGGAAGGGCUUCUCCAGGCCUGACCACUUGACCAGCCAUGUGCGGCAGGUUCACCUGCGAGAGAGGCCCUUUAUUUGCCAGACGUGCGGGAUGAGCUUUGCCACACACGAGCGGCUGCGUGCACAUGUGACGCGCCACCAGCAGAAGGUGCCCUGCGGAGUGUGCGGGAAGCAGCUGACGGCAGGGUACGUCGCCAGCCACAUGAAGCUGCACGCCAAGGCCGGCAAGACGUCACCCAAAGCAGAGACGGCCAAUGGAGGCCCCCCACCCGGCACGGGACACAAGCACGCGUGCAAGCUCUGCGGUACCAGGUUCAAGUUCAAGUCGCAGAUGAAGCGGCACGUGCGUGCCGAACACCGCGAUCGGCCGCCUGGCAAAGACGCGGCCGCUAUCAACGCAGGCACCUCCAUUCAGGACACCGCCUCCAUCAACGCCCCCACCACCACCACCACCACAACCAUGGCCACGUCCACCGCCGAUACCGGCAAGCGCCACAAGUCGUCAACCAAGUCGGAGGCGUCGUCCAAGCACAGCAAGCACAAAUCGCCGUUGGAAAAACGCUCCUCGCAUUCGUCGAGUUCGUCGUCUUCAUCCUCGUCGUCGUCGUCGUCAUCGUCGUCUUCGUCCUCAUCGUCAUCGUCUUCAUCGUCGUCCUCCUCAUCCCCACCCUCGUCUUCUCCGGUCUGCGUGGCCGCCAGCACCAGGCCCGCGGCGCCUGCCAGGCCAGCGCUUGGCAGCCCCGCCAGGGCGUCCAUGUCCGUGCUGGAGUCUUUCGGAUUCCAGGUGGUGCAGUCGGCGUACCUCAACUCGGAGGCGGAGCUCAACUCGGACGCGUCCUCCGGGUGACUCCGCCGCCAGCCCCCCCCCCCGACACCCCAGCUCCUCUCACUCCUGCCCCGUAGUGCGCGCGCCACACAGAGGAAACCAUAAACGGCAGCGACGUCGCCUCUAGUUGUCGCCAUCGUCGUCGCUACCGUCAUCUCGAACAGCGCAACAUUUUUAACACAUCCAUCGUCAACCAACAUUGACACCGCUGCUGCAUUCAUCGCUGGGCACCAACGUCUGCCGCCGUCGUCACCACUCGUAGCAUUCACCACAUUGCUAUCAGCGUCGUGAUAAUAAACCGCAUUGCAAUCGCCAUCCCAGGCGUCGUCUAGUCCACUGCUGUCAUUGUCAUCAUCUAUGUUGCUGAUGUAGGCAGUCGCACCCAUUGAAAAAUAUCUUCUGAAGAUGAAGUCACCCGAUCCGCACUUCUCUACGAGGAGGGUUGAGCACCAUGAGCUGCGUGGACCAUUUUUUUCCCUAACGUGCUCCUUUCCGACCGCAGCUAAUGUGUGGUGAAGGCAUGUGCCGCUGCUAACCUGGCCUACACGAUCUGUGCAAAUGCCCUUUGGCCAUGCGCACAUGGCCGUCAUGUGCUAUGGCCGCACCGCAUGCCACACUUGGGAAAAAACUUGAAACAAUUGGACAAGUUUGCUAUCGAUGGGACGCGAUUAGUACCUAUUGAAAAUGUUGUCAUCGCCAGCUGAUAUCUUACGUGCAUUUCAUUUAUAAUGAAAGUUAUUACGAGACUAAAUCUUGAGGAAAUUGCUGGGAUUUUUGGUGAAGUUUAUGGAAAAUGUUUUUGGACUUCGUAACAUUUUUUUGCAUCGCUUUGCCUGUGAUUCAAGACACAGCAACGACUCUGACACUCGCAGCAGGACAGAGUAGAUCUCCCAGUAUCAUUGUUUAUAUUAUGCACUCCUCGAUAGUUAUCUUUAAAACUAAGGACCGUAUUUUUUGCCAAGUUGAACUGCAAGCAGUUAUGAACACUGGACCGUAUCCUAUGUUGGACAGUGUGGAGUCUGAGCAAUCUUUUCUUGAUAGGGGUAAGAAAGAGGAGUACUCCAUUCCUGGACAACAAAGCCACCAUGGUACCGUGGCUCAGGAAAGCAACAGUAUAUGGCGAAAAUGUUGUCAGUACACUCCAGCCUAACGUGACACCUUGGUCUAAUGGGAGGGCUGCAUUAGAGGUUUUUUUUUUUUCUGGCUAACUGUGCAAAGGUAAUUUGGCUGAUUGAGAACGAAAGUUAUUUUGGUCUUUUCCAUAGUUUUUAAUUUACAAAUUAGGUCACGGCGUUUAAGUAGCCUGCACUGUCGCUGCAGGUAUACAAUCUCGUGUGAUAUGGCUUGUGUGAAACCAUUACAGUGAUACCUAAUAGCCAAUCGUUAUGCAUCGCAAGUCUUCAGCAUUACAAGGUCGGUUGAUGAAAGUGAAGAAUGUAAUCGUGAGACUACAUUUAGUUGUAAAUUAUUACAUUUCAUGUGUUGGGGGUGGGGGGGGGCAUUUGUAAGUGCGCAACACUGAACCUGGUCCGCCUGGGUUUGACUCUUUGAGUCGGCCGCCACAGGUGAGAUCGGCAAGUGAUCCAGUCCUGCCCCCCCCCCUCACAGCACUUCACCAAACCACAAUGACCAGAGUUAAUUGCGGUCAGACAAGUCCUCGUUUUAAUUCAGCAGUAGUUUGACAAAGGGCUGUGAAAUGUACUUUGAAUGUAUGAUUGUUGCCAUGUUCUCUAACGGUCAUCCACAAGUAGUUUGUUAUACAUAGGUCUGGAUCUUAAAAUGGAGUGCAGCUUCCAUUAGCCCAAGGUCUUGGUAUGUUUGGCAAAAACACGUGGACAUUUAUUGUUUUAUUUGUGUUGAGAUAAAUUCCCUACAACAUUGACAUUUUCAGGUUAAGUCUCUUUGACCAAAACUGAAUGUACAGUGCAAUUAAAAUGUGGAUAAUUUGGCAAAAAAAAACAAUACAAACUUUGAUAUCUGUACGUGAAUUCCAUUUCCAAGAGUUUUGGGAAUGUUCCCACGCAAGCCGGUCCUAAUGAGAAGUAUAAGUGCCCUCGUUGUGGGCUAUGAUGUGUAGGAGUUGGGGAUCUUGUUCCUAUUGGUGGUGGAAGGAGUGAAACAAGUGAAACACCAUUUUCAGUUUUAGAUGACACGGUGUGAGCUGCCUUUACUGUAUUUUAGCGCACAAUGGAAAGAAUUAUUGAAUUGAGGUUUAGGUACUUCUGCGUAAUUCUAAGGAUAAUUUAUCUCUUUUUAUCUGACGUGACUUUGGGUAUUAGUUUCCCCAUCUCCUAUACCUCACUGUGUGCCCCUGAAAUGCAAAUCCAACAACGGUUGCAUGAGCACCGGACAGUGUGCAGAACUGGCGUAAAAAAAAACACAAACUCUAAAUAAAUGUGCAAAUUGUCAAGGUGACACAUGAAAAGCAAGAUUGUGAACGCUGAUCCUCCUCUGGAUUAUUUUGAGAGGUAGGACUUGGUGAUGUCAGCUCGCGUUACGAUUGCUUGUGUCGAGGAAAUCUGCUCGAUUAAGUUCCAAGGUUUUAAUGUCUGUGCAGCACGCAAGUGGAUAUUCGGUCUGAGUUUUGCUGUUACACUAAUGAAAAUCUACACUAUGAAUUGCUGUUACCGUGCCAGCCUUUAAACGUGAAAUAAUGAGGAUGUUGAAACGUGGUUAAAUUUAGUAACAGGACCGGCUAAGGUAUGUAAAUAUUAUUAUGCUCGUUUUCUUUUGUAAAAAUAAAAAAAAAGUGAGAAAAAAAAAUAAUCCAACAAGUUCUGUAAAUAUUGUUUGUGUUAAAUUGAACAUUCUGGGGCAGCUGUGUUUUUUUAAAUUUCAUUUUGUAUUUAAAAUAAGCAAGGGUGAACUAGAAUUCUUAGGGUAAAUUACAGUGACAAGUAAUUAAUUACAAUGAACAUUCACUGGAAUGUAAUACAAUUUAAUAUUUUUCACGUAUUUUAUUCAAUACAUGCUCACUUGUACAUAAUGUCCUAUCCAUACGUUAUGCUAUCAUAACUUAGGUGGUAUCUUUUAUUAAACCAGUUGAGCGCCCAAUGAGACGUCAAUUCAUCUGGCAAUAUUUGUAAGGAACAUUAUUAUUCUGCUUGUUACCCAGGAAAGCAUCCCUUGAGUUCCAUGACAUUUAUUGAGGAGGGGGUCCUACUAAGUUUUCACAGGAGGGGGAAAAGAUUACUAUGUAUGUUUCAGUAUAGUUAAUUGCGAGUAAUUUUUCAAAUUUGGACCAUGAUGCCGGCACACAAGUCUUGUCAUUGCAAGUGACAUUACAGGAUCAUUAAUUUCCACUGUUUCGCAGACGGCGAGUAUUGUUUUAUGGUUAAUAAUUCCGCUGGAUUAGAUCCCUGAACCUCUGCCUGCAAUAUUAUCAACGAUUCCAAAUGUGUAUCAACCCUGUAAUUCAGUCAUUAAAGAUUCCUUGAUAUCAAUCGCAAGUUAUCCUUUUUGUGCCAGUGUCGAUAGCAAUUAUUAUUUAGUUUAUUGUUCAUUGUGAAAUGGCCAAAAUUAUUUCAUGGUCUUCAACGUCAAGAGAUAACUUAUCUUGGUGAGCUCCAACAUGGUUUAAAUAAAAAGGAUACUGGAAUAAUUUUUAUUUAAUUUCACGUUUUCAUUGUUUUAGUCUUUGUCUGCUAACAAGUCCAGUGAGUAUUACAUUGUCGAUUGUUUCAAUUCUCUUAAUACUGAUCAGAAGUAAAUAUGCACUGCACAGAUGUUGUUUUUGAUAUAAUUGGUUGGAGACUAUAAUUCUGAGUUGGAAACAUCCUUUUAACUGCGAGUUCGCAUACACUGCUUGAUACACCGACUUCCAACUUUUAUGCAGAAAAGGGAACAUUAUUUCCACUUGUGAUUCUAAUACAUAUGAAAAGGAAUUAUUAUCAUCGAAUUGUUUUAAAGAUGUAAUUUUUACACAACAUGGGUGUUGGGUUCCCCUGUUGUGGACACGACACAGAAAAGCUUUUAUCAUUACCAUGUUAUAUUUUGCAGUUACUGUUGUGGGCGGGGGGGGGGAUGGCUGUGAAGCUGGUGCUGCUGCUGUAUACAUUUCCAGCCUUUUCAAUUUGUAGAUAACGGCGAAGCAUGCGUGUCUGCCCGCGUGUACGCCUGCCGCCUAUGCGUGCGACACCCAUAAGAAACGCACGACUCUUCUCCACUAUGUACUCGUACAAAGGCAGCAAUAUUUGAAGCUCUGAUCUCCAUAAAAAUCAUGCUACCGAACAGCUACUUACAAGAAGAGAUAAAGGUGUCAUGUCUUCAAAACAAAUGUGACUGAGCAGCCAGCCUCGCCCUGUAUUCAUGGAGCAAACAUGAGCAUAUUAUAAGCGUUACCAAGUUACAGCAGUAAUUUCGUUUAGGCAUUGUUUCCUCUGCUAAUGAUGUCGAUUCCAUAGUACAACCGUACCGUGAUGGGGCCUUGCCAUGCCAAGCUUGGCUCGGGAGGCACGAUUUUCUUUUCCACUGCAAAACCCAAACUGUGUCGCUGAUAUCCCACAAUAAAUGUCAUAGGUUGCAUACGUAUCACGGUAUUAAUCAGUAUUGGCUGAUGCAAGGUAUGAUGACAAUUAUUAAUCCUGCUCCCUGGCCCUGCUUGGGUUCCCGAGGCAGAUUUAGCUUUUCUUGAGGAUUUCACUUUGGUUCUGGCUCGGCUCGCUGGCGCAGCUUGGAUGUGCAAGUUGAAAAGAUCUCUGUUGAUGUGCGGGGACCUACCAAAGGUUGUGUUGUUUAUUGUCCAGUGACCUUAUCUUACAUGGUCUCACUGUCCAUUUUGUGUACCUGCGAUCUUUAAGAUUUAAUUGAAGGCACGUAGCUGGAGACCUGAAUUUGUAAUGACGCGUUAUGCCAGUUGCAUUUUUUUAAUAACACGAAACAUCUGGAGCUAAAAGGCAUACUGUCUGUAUAUGUCUGCUGCAAUAAUGCACCGAUACUCAUAUAAUUUAUUUUUAAAAGUUUAAAUUACUGAUGAAAAGUAAGUCUCCAGUAUGUGCUGUCCCUGUGAUUGAUGACCUUAGGAUUGGCAUUUAGCGACAUUACAAAAGCUGUUUCCAAAUGUUUUUUUCUGCCCAGAGGUCACAUUGGCAGUGAGAACGAGGUGCGUGUAAUUUGUGCAUUUAUCAUCCAAUAAUAAUGGCAAGUACUUGUUCGUUUACAAGACUGAAAACAUUUGACAUUUAUUCCGCAAUUGAAAUGAAUUCUUCUCGCUAUAACCAUUACCCGAAGCCAGUUGAAUAAUGUGGGGUUCCGGAUUUUGUUUAUUUUUAAGCUCUUUCUUAUUUGUACGUUUCCUAUUGGUGUUUUGAUACGACACUGCUGUAUCCCGUGUUACACACGUACGUGCGUGCACACCAUUUUCCCCGUUGCUCUUCUUCAGGGGGAAAUUCUCGCAAAACAUUGUAGCUUGGACUGUGCAUGGAUAAUUUGAAGACUUCAAAUCGUUGCAGGUUUUGCUGGACAUUCGAAGGAUUUAAAAAAAAGGGACAGUAACUCAUGCGGCACAUUUUACGGUCACGAGUGUGUUGCUGAACUGCGAUUUUUUUUAAAAAGUGUUUAAGCAUUUUUGAACCCCUUUUUUUAAAGUUAUUAAAAUCUACGUUGUGUGCAAAAAAAACCCCCACCGAUUAGCAUGUGUGUGUAAACAUUGUGCACCGUUACUUCUUGCAUAUGGCUUUGCAUUGCAACUCACACACCGACGUUUGGGUCCGACCACCGAAGCACAGCCUCGGGGAAAAGUUGCAUCGAUGUUUUCAAUUUCUCCGCCGAAUUUAACGGAGGUUUAUAAUUGUGGUCCAUGGACUGGUCACGAUAACCAGCCGCACACAGCCAGGCGCUUCCGUAUUUCCCAAUUGAAUAUCUGGGGUUCCCGUAUCUGCCAUGGAUACCGAUUCAGUAUUUAUAUUGAAUACGUGGAUUUAUUGGAGUACAGGUGUUGACUUGCAGUGGGCUGUUUCCUGCCCCCCC